AUGACACAAGUAAUAAAACAAAAUAUGAAUAUACGCAAAAGACGUAUUAUGGAAGCUUUAAAAGAAGUGGAGACGGAAGCACCUACUAUAAGCUUGGACUCAGCAGCAACCAAAAAAGAUGAACCCACUACAUCUGAUGGGUUGAAGAAAAAGCUCAUCUCAACAAACAUAAGAGACAGAACUUCAUUAGAUGCGUUAAAGAUCUCAACAGAAGAAGAACAUAUAUUAGAUGAGCUUAUGCAACAGCUGAUCUCAUCAGACGAUGAAGACGAACCCACACCAGAUGACUUGAAUAAAAUGGUGAUCGCAACAGAUAAACAUACACCAAAUCAACUGAAAAAUGAGCAGAUCUCAACAGAGGAACCUACACAAUAUGAUGUGCAUAAUGUUGAAAUCUCAACAGAGGAACCUACACAAUAUGAAGUGCAUACUGUUGAAAUCUCUACAGAGGAACCUACACCAGAUGAGGUGCAUAAUGUUGAACCCUCACCAAAGGAACCUACACCAGAUGAGGUGCAUAAUGUUGAAAUCUCAACAGAGGAACCUACACAAUUUGAUGUGCAUAAUGUUGAAAUAUCAACAGACGAACCUACACAAUAUGAUGUGCAUAAUGUGGAAAUCUCAACAGAGGAAUCUACACCAGAGGUGGUAAAGAAUGAGCCGAUCUCAACAGGCGACCCAACACCAGAUGUGCACAAUAAUGAGCCGACCUCAACAGAUCAACCUACACUAGCUGUGGUGAAGAAUGAGCCUACAUUAGCAGACGAACCAAAAUUAGACGAUCUAGAGAAGCAAAAGCUAUUAAAAGAAAGAGAACAACAAAUAAAAUUACUCGUAGAACAGUCGAAAUUGGUCGACGAAAAAUUAACAAUGUUGGAAAAUUGGGAAAGAAGCAAACGCGAUGGUUUGGAAAAAUUAGUAGUAGUAGUGGAAAAACUACAAGACUUGGAAGAUGAAGCCGAAAAAUUGGAAGACUUCCUUUGGUCACACAACAUUGAAGUAGACGAAAAAGAUUACGAAAUAUACUUUAAUAAAUGUGAGUCUGAAAAUCCCAUUGAUAAAUCUGCAAAGUCAUUGAGACCUGAAACACCCAAGCCAGAAGAACAACAAAUUAAAAGGAUAAAAAUAUCGGCCACAUCCACGCCUAUUUCCAGAAAACCUAAGCAAAGCGAUAUUGCUGACAAAUUUGAAGCUAACGAAGAUGGCAUGGUAGUGAUAGGACCAAAUGGCACUAUGAUUUCCAAAACAGCUUUACAAGCCAUCAACUGGAACUUGUCGGGAGCAGCACUUACCCGCAAAAUUCUAAUGGAAGUUUUUGGCCGUGAAACUCUAGCCUUUCACACAUUGACGGGAAAACCUUCACCGGCCUUUAUGGACUGCGAUAAGCCCAUGAAAAAUCAAUUGGAACCAUUAAAAGUAGCCGAUAUUAUACAUUUGGUGAUGGAACACACCCAGCUAACGGCAAAGGAAGUGAGAAAUGCUAUUACCACCAAGUGUGCUGAUGAGAAUAAAAUGUUUAGACAAAGAGAGAAGAAACGACAAAAUGCUGCUUUGAAACUAAAAAAGUAG